AUGACCAGCAUCAAGCGGCUUCCUUUCCGCUGGAAGAACUUCUUCAUCUGUUUUGCGAUCUCUCUGGGUGCCCUUGCAUAUGGAUACUUGGCAGCCAUUGUCAGUACUACCUUGGGCAAACCGGCUUUUUUGGAGUAUAUGGGCCUAGGCGAUGAAAAAGGCGUUUUUCCAAACAAAGAGAAUCUUGUUGGUGCUAUCACAAGUAUUUUUCAGGGGGGGGCAAUUGUUGGCUGUCUCUGCAGUUGCUAUAUCACAGACACCUAUGGAAGGAAAGCUGGGAUGAUUUACUGCUCUGUGCUGUCUAUUCUAGGAGCAGCGGGUUUGACCGGAAGCCCUAGCAUUGCCCCGUUCCUCGUUUUUCGCUUCUUCGCUGGCGCUGGAAGCUGGGGCUAUGUAGCAGUUGUGCCUGUAUUUUGCUCCGAACUAGCUCCACCAGCUGCGCGCGGUUUUUUCGUUGGGAUGACCGGAGUUAUGCUCGGUCUUGGGUAUGCCGUAGCGAACUACUUCGGCCUUGCCUUUUACUACGAAUCGGACCCAUUGAUAAGCUGGCGUGCUCCUUUGGGCAUCCAACUCAUCUUCCCAGCCAUUAUUCUACUCUUGUUACUAUUUAUACCUGAAUCUCCAAGAUUCUACCUUAUGAGGGGCAAGACGGAUCAGGCAUGGUCUGUGAUCAAGUCAAUUCACCAGGAUCCAAACGACCCUGAUGACGAGUACGCGCGACGCGAAUUCUACCAGAUGAGCCAACAAGCCACUUUCGAUCGGACAGUUAACUCAAGUUGGUUGCAGAUGUUCAAGAGACCAUCUUAUAGGAAGCGUACUUUGUUUGUCAUAUGCCUCAUGCUGUUAUCGCAGAGCACAGCCGAGCUUGUUGUUAACCAAUAUGAGCCUACUUUCUACAGCAAACUAGGGUUUGGCACGCUGGAUAGGUUGAUCUUGCAGAGUGGAAGAAACUCGCUCGCAUUUGUGGGAAAUCUGGGCGGCUCCUUCAUCAUGGAUCGCUUUGGUAGACGAAAAUUACUUCUCACCGGGCUCGCUGGUUGCAUUGUUUGUCUCUGCAUCGAAGCCGCAAUGGUCGCCGAAUACGCAGAAGCCGGAACUAACAAAGCCGGUCUCGGCGUGGGUGUAGCUGCAUUAUUCGCGUUUCUUUUGUUUUUCUCUAUGGGCAUGGAUGCUGCUACGUGGGUCAUUAUAUCGGAAAUAUUCCCCAACUUCAUCCGUGCCAAAGGCAUCGCUCUGGCGGUUGCAAGCAAAUCGGCAAUUAAUAUCCUGUAUCUGCAGUUUACACCACAGGGGUUUUCCAACCUUGGCUGGAAAUAUUUUCUGAUCUAUAUUUGCAUUUCUUCAGUCGGAUAUGUCUGGCUGUAUUGGGCUACGCCGGAAACGAAAGGCAUACCAUUGGAAGAGAUUGCCGCUAUCUAUGGAGACAAAGACGACAUCAUGGUAUAUCAACACCAGAUCAAUGUAGAUCACAACACUCACAAGCUGGUUGUAGAAGAUGAAGGAGGGGCUACUGUCGAGAUGGUUGAUCAAGGUGCUGAGACACAAAAGUCAUCCACCGCUCAUAAGGAAGUGAUUGACCGUGAGGAGGUAUAA